UUUCCCCCAAACGAAGCAUGAACCGUUGUUAAGUGGAAAAUGGAGGCUGAAUUUUACAUGGCGAUUCUUAGCUGCUUCAUCUUCGGGAACUUGGAGGGCUUUCAGAUUGUGCACGUGCAAAAGCAACAAUGCCUUUUCCUCAAUGAGAAAGUGGUGGUGGGCUCGUGCAAUGGGACCAGCCAGAACCAGCAGUGGCGAUGGACUGAGGAUGGGAAGCUUCUUCAUGCCAAGUCUGCUCAGUGCCUAGGUGUCUCCAACACCUCAGGUGGCCCUUCAAGAGCAGCCACCGUCACCAGCUGCUCCCAGGCGCCCUGGUGGACCUGCUAUGAGCAGGAAGGGUUCCUGGAGAUGGAAAAUGCCUCCUUCUUUCUCAAGAAACAAGGUCCCAGGGUAGUUGUCAAGAAAGGCAAGAAAUAUCUCCAUAGUUGGAUGAAAAUAGAUGUCAACACUGAGGGAAAACUGGUCAAUGGAAGCCUCUGCUUGAAAAAAGCUGAGCUGGGAGCAGACGUGUCGGUGAGAAGCCCUAGAAACACAGCUCCUCCCCACAUCCCCACCACUUUUAAAGCAGUUUCAUACCACCCAGAACACCUUACCAGGAACACCACAGAGGCCUUCAUUGGGAAUACCACAGAAAACUGCAGCCAAAGCAGCACUCAGAGGCACCAGCCUGGAGUUAUAGACACAUCGUGGAUUCCAUCAACUACUCUGCCCUCCCCCAGCACCACAGAAGAGAUUGGGCUAGCGGAGCCAAUGAGAUGUAACUUCACCCUGACCGAGUCCAGGGUCUCCAGCCGGUCGGUGUCUCUCCAGUGGAGAAGUUCGGGGUCGCCCUGUAACUUUAGCCUCAGCUAUGGCAGUGAUACCUCCGGGGCCGAGUGGUGCCACCCGAUCCGCAUAGACAACACCACCUAUGGAUGUAACCCUCAGGAUUUACAGGCGGGGACCACCUAUCACUUCAGGAUUGUUUCUCUGGAUGGAGAAGAGAAAACCGUGGUUUUGCAAACAGAUCCAUCACCUCCUGCUAGAUUUGAAGUCGAUCAAGAGAAGACGACUUUAAGCAGCUUGCAUGUUUGGUGGACUCCUUCUGUUGGAAAAGUCACCGGGUAUGAGUUGCAGUUAUUUGAUGAUGACAGCCAACACAUACAGGAGGCUCAAGUUCAUGGAAGUGCUUCAUGGAGUGAAUAUACUUUUUUCAACCUCACUGCCGGCAAGAAAUACAGUAUGGCCAUCACAGCAGUUUCUGGAGACAAGCGUUCCUCUCCAGUUUACACUAACGGAUCAACAGUACCAUCUCCAGUGAAGGAUUUUGCUGUAUCCGCCAAAACUGAUUCUCUUCUGAUUUCCUGGUCCCCUGGAGCUGGGAAUGUGGAGCAAUAUCGGGUGACUUUGAUGGAUAAGGGAGUCCUAGUACAGGACACUGUUGUGGACAAACAUGCUACUUCCCAUGCUUUCCAUGGACUGAUCCCUGGUAAACUCUACAACCUCACUAUUGUGACAGAGGCUGCCGGGCUGCAGAACCACAACUGGAGACUGGUCAGGACGGCUCCCAUGGAAGUCUCGGAUUUGAAGGUGACAAACGAUGGCAGUUUGACCUCUCUGAAAGUCAGGUGGCAAAGACCUCGUGGAAAUCUCGACUCCUACAACAUUACCUUGUCUCACCAAGGGACUCCCAAGGAAUCCAGAGUGCUAGCACCUCAGGUCACUGAAACCCACUUCAAAGACUUAACUCCAGGACGGCUUUAUCACGUCACCGUCAGUUGUGUCUCUGGUGAACUCUCUGCUCAGAAGACAGCAGUAGGCAGAACAGUUCCAGACAAAGUUAGAAAUCUAGAAGCCAGCAACAGUGGUUGGAUGAGGUCCCUCGUGGUGAGUUGGUCGCCCCCUGCUGGAGACUGGGAGCAGUAUCAAAUCCUGCUCUACAAUGACUCUUCGGUGCUGCUCAACACCACCGUGAGGAAGGAGGAAACACAGUACGCCUUGGAUGACGUGGGGCUCAUACCUGGAAGACAGUAUGACGUAGAAGUCACUGUUCACAGUGGAAAUUUGAAGAAUUCUGAACGUUGCCAAGGCAGGACAGUGCCCUUGCCCGUGCUGCAGCUCCGUGUCAAACAUGCCAAUGAAACGUCCUUGAGCGUCAUGUGGCAGACUCCUGUAGCAGAAUGGGAGAACUACAUCAUUUCACUCAAUGACAGGGACCUCUUGGUCAUCCACAAGUCACUUUCCAAAGAUGCCAAAGAAUUCACGUUCACUGACUUGGUGCCUGGACGAAAUUACCUGGCUACUGUCACCACGAUCAGUGGAGAUUUGAAAAAUUCCUCUUCUGUAAAAGGAAGGACAGUGCCUGCCCAAGUAACUGGCUUGCAUGUGACCAACCAAGGAAUGACCAGUAGUCUGUUUACUAACUGGACCCAGGCAUUGGGAGACAUAGAAUUCUACCAAGUCUUACUGAUUCAUGAGAAUGUCGUCAUCAAAAAUGAAAGUGUCUCCAGUGAGACCAGCAGAUACAACUUCCACUCCCUGAAGCCUGGCAGCCUCUAUUCUGUAGUCGUGACCACAGUGAGUGGAGGGAUCUCAUCUCGACAAGUGGUGGUGGAGGCAAGGACAGUCCCUGGCAGCGUGAGUGGAGUGACCGUGAACAAUUCGGGGCGCAGUGACUACCUCAGUGUUUCCUGGUUGCCGGCACCCGGGGACGUGGAUAACUACGUGGUGGCCCUGUCCCAUGAUGGCAUGCUGGUUCAGUCCCUUGUCAUUGCCAAGUCUGUCAGCGAAUGUUCCUUUAGCUCCCUCACUCCAGGCCGUCUCUACGACGUGAAGAUAACUACAAGGAGUGGCAAGUAUGAAAAUCAUUCCUUCAGCCAAGAACGCACAGUCCCUGAUAAGGUCCAAGGAGUCAGUGUUAGCCACUCAGCCAGGAGUGACUAUUUGAAAGUAUCCUGGGUGCAUGCCACUGGAGACUUUGAUCACUAUGAAGUUACCAUUAAGAACAAGAACAAUCUUGUUCAAACCAAAAGCAUACCCAAGUCAGAAAAUGAGUGUGUAUUUAUUCAGCUUGUCCCUGGACGGUUAUAUAGUGUCACUGUUAGUACAAAAAGUGGACAAUAUGAAGCCAGCGAACAAGGCAAUGGGAGAACAAUCCCAGAGCCCGUGAAGGAUCUAACUCUGCGGAACAGGAGCACUGAGGACUUGCGCGUGACGUGGUCACAAGCCGAGGGGGACGUUGAUCAGUAUGAGAUCCAGCUCCUCUUCAACGACAUGAGAGUAUUUCCUCCUUUUCACCUUGUCAAUACUGCCACUGAAUUUCUCUUCACCUCCCUCACACCAGGGCGCCAGUACAAAAUUCUUGUUUUGACAAUCAGUGGAGAUUUACAACAGUCAGCCUUCAUCGAAGGCUUAACUGUUCCCAGCGCUGUGAAAAAUAUUCAUGUUUCUCCCAACGGGGCCACAGAUAGCCUGAUGGUGAACUGGACUCCUGGAGGGGGAGAUGUUGAUUCCUACACGGUGACCGCCUUCAGACAGAAUCAACAGGUGGAGUCUCAGACAGUCCCCAAGCAGGUCUCGGAGCACACAUUCCACAGGCUGGAGGCUGGGGAGCAGUAUCGUGUCGUGGUCGCCUCGGUCAGCGGCUCCCUGGAGAACCAGGUGGAGGCAGUUGGGAGGACAGUUCCAGCAACUGUCCAGAGAUUCACUGCAAGCAAUGCGUACAGCAGUGAUUCCUUAACCAUCACUUGGCAGAAGGCUGUUGGUGUGGCCGACAGAUAUGACAUCCUGCUUCUGAAUGAAAACGGAGCUCUUCUGAGCAACAGGUCAGAGCCAGCCACUGCGCACCAGCACAAGUUUGAAGCUCUCACACCAGGCAAGAAAUACAAGAUACAGAUUCUAACUAGGAGUGGAGGACUCUUCAGCAAGGAAGCCCAGACAGAAGGCCGAACCGUUCCAGCAGCUGUCACCAAUCUGAGGAUCACAGAGAACUCAACCAGGCACCUGUCCUUCAGCUGGACAGCCUCAGAGGGGGAGCUCAACUGGUACAACAUUUUUCUGUACAACCCCGAUCGCACUCUUCAGGAGAGAGCUCAAGUUGACCCCCAAGUCCAGAGCUUCUCUUUCCAGAACUUGCUCCAAGGCCGAAUGUACAAAAUGGUGAUUGUAACUCACAGUGGAGAGCUCUCUAAUGAGUCUUUCAUGUUUGGCAGAACAGUGCCAGCGCCUGUGAGCCAUCUCAAGGGAUCUAAUCAGAACAUGACAGAUAGCCUCUGGUUCAGCUGGAGUCCAGCGCUUGGGGACCUUGACUUCUACGAGCUGAUUCUUUACAAUCCCAAUGGCACAAAGAAGGAAAACUGGAGACACAAGGACCUGACGGAGUGGCGUUUCCACGGCCUGGUCCCUGGAAGAAAAUACACACUGUGUGUGGUAACUCACAGUGGAGACCUCAGCAAUCAGGUCACAGGGGAGGGUAGGACAGCCCCAAGUCCUCCCAGCCUUUUGUCAUUUGCUGAUGUUUCAAACACAUCCUUGGCCAUCACCUGGAAGGGACCCCCAGACUGGACAGACUACAAUGACUUUGAGCUUCAGUGGCUCCCCAGAGAUGCACUCACAGUCUUCAACCCCUACAGCAACAAAAAAUCGGAAGGACGCAUUGUGUAUGGUCUCCGUCCAGGAAGAUCUUAUCAAUUCAGUGUCAAGACUGUCAGUGGUGAUUCCUGGAAAACCUACAGCAAACCAAUUUUUGGAUCUGUGAGGACAAAGCCAGAUAAGAUACAAAACCUGCAUUGCCGCCCUCAGAACUCUACGGCCAUUGCCUGUUCUUGGAUCCCUCCUGAUUCUGAUUUUGACGGGUAUAGCAUUGAAUGUCGGAAAAUGGACACCCAAGAAAUUGAAUUUUCCAGGAAACUGGAGAAAGAAAAAUCCCUGCUCAACAUUAUGAUGCUAGUGCCCCAUAAGAGGUACCUGAUAUCCAUCAAAGUGCAGUCAGCUGGCAUGACCAGCGAGGUGGUGGAAGACAGCACCAUCACAAUGAUAGAUCGCCCUCCACCUCCGCCUCCACACAUCCGUGUGAAUGAAAAGGAUGUGCUAAUUAGCAAAUCUUCCAUCAAUUUUACUGUCAACUGCAGCUGGUUCAGUGACACCAAUGGAGCUGUGAAAUAUUUCACAGUGGUGGUGAGAGAGGCUGACGGCAGUGAUGAGCUGAAGCCAGAACAACAGCAUCCUCUCCCUUCCUACUUGGAUUAUAGGCACAAUGCCUCCAUUCGAGUGUAUCAGACAAAUUAUUUUGCCAGCAAAUGUGCUGAAAGUCCCGACAGCAAUUCCAAGAGUUUUAACAUUAAGCUUGGAGCAGAGAUGGAGAAUCUGGGUGGAAAGUGUGAUCCCAAUCAACACAGAUUCUGCGACGGACCACUGAAGCCGCACACCGCCUACAGAAUCAGCAUUCGAGCUUUUACCCAGCUGUUUGAUGAGGACCUUAAGGAGUUUACGAAGCCGCUCUAUUCAGACACAUUUUUUUCUUUGCCUAUCACCACUGAGUCAGAGCCUCUGUUUGGAGUUAUUGAAGGUGUGAGUGCUGGUCUGUUUUUAAUCGGCAUGCUGGUGGCUCUUGUUGCCUUUUUCAUCUGCAGACAGAAAGUGAGCCAUGGUCGAGAAAGACCCUCCGCCCGCCUGAGCAUUCGGAGGGAUAGGCCCUUGUCUGUCCACUUGAACCUGGGCCAGAAAGGAAACCGGAAAACAUCCUGCCCAAUAAGAGUAAAUCAGUUUGAAGGACAUUUUAUGAAGCUGCAGGCCGAUUCCAACUACCUUCUGUCCAAGGAAUAUGAGGACUUAAAAGACGUGGGUCGAAACCAGUCCUGUGACAUUGCACUCUUGCCGGAGAAUAGAGGGAAAAAUCGAUACAACAAUAUUCUGCCUUAUGAUGCCUCUCGAGUGAAGCUGUCCAAUGUGGAUGAUGAUCCUUGCUCAGACUACAUCAAUGCCAGCUACAUCCCUGGCAACAAUUUUAGAAGAGAAUACAUUGCUACUCAGGGACCGCUUCCUGGCACCAAAGAUGACUUCUGGAAAAUGGCGUGGGAGCAGAAUGUUCACAACAUUGUCAUGGUGACGCAGUGUGUGGAGAAGGGCCGGGUGAAGUGUGACCAUUACUGGCCAGCGGACCAGGAUUCCCUCUACUACGGGGACCUUAUCCUGCAGAUGGUCUCAGAGUCUGUGCUACCUGAGUGGACCAUCAGGGAGUUUAAGAUAUGCAGUGAGGAACAGCUUGACGCACACAGACUCAUCCGCCACUUUCACUACACGGUGUGGCCAGACCAUGGAGUCCCAGAGACCACCCAGUCCCUGAUUCAGUUUGUGAGAACUGUCAGGGACUAUAUCAACAGGAGCCCGGGUGCCGGACCCACUGUGGUGCACUGCAGUGCUGGAGUGGGUAGGACUGGAACCUUUAUUGCACUGGACCGAAUCCUCCAGCAACUGGACUCCAAAGACUCUGUGGACAUUUAUGGAGCAGUGCACGACCUGAGACUUCACCGGGUUCACAUGGUCCAGACCGAGUGCCAGUAUGUGUAUUUACAUCAAUGUGUAAGAGAUGUCCUCAGAGCCAGAAAGCUACGAAGUGAACAGGAAAAUCCCUUGUUUCCAAUUUACGAAAAUGUGAAUCCGGAAUACCACCGAGAUGCAGUCUAUGCAAGGCAUUGAGAGUGUGCCGAAGAUUUCUUGGAUGAAAAUUAUUCACUGUGUGAUUUAAAAACACAAAACAAAAGAACCAGCCUGCUCCAUGCCCUACAGAGGUCCCAGUUAUUUCUGUUGAUACUAUGUAUAAUUUAUUAAUCUGGAGAAUUUUAAAGAAUUUAUGUAAUUUAAAGGUAACUGAUGUUAUUGUACAUAGCUGUAUUUUGUAGUUACUUCUGUAAAUAUGUAUUUUUUCAUAAUGCUUAAUGUUAAGCUUUAUAUAAUACUAUUUUUGCACACUAAAGUAUCCAAGAACUUGUUCUGCAUAAACGAAUCCAACCUCGUGUCUGGAGGUGGUUGCAGAGACAAUCUUUGGAGCGUGUUUGUUACCUGUCUUGAUAUUCACUGGAGAGCGUCAAGGGCCAGAGUGACUGGUGAACGUCACAGCAUCACUGCCCUGUGAGUCUCAAGAUCCAAAGGUGAUCUGUCUGAUACUAGAACAUAAAUGGGGUCAGAGGGAGGAAAGAAGAAUUAGGCAGCACAGAGCAGAGUGGCUCUGCCUUACCCUCAUUGCUCUAGCUUUGUUCUACUACCAAAAUGGGCAGCUCAAGAGCUGUGGAACUUGGAGUGCAAGCCCAGACUGCAGGGUUGAGGGUGUUGAUGGAGAAUGAUCCAAAGAGCGGUGGUGAAUGAAGAAUGCCAUCUGCACUCCUGGUCAGAAGU